UCACACUCGACAAACUUUUCACAUUGUCUCUGCAACAUUCGGUUACUGCCAGUGGAUUAUGUUACAUUGCUGCAACAGUUGUUUGUUCAGCUACAGUGUCGGAGUAAUGUAGACUAUGUAUCGGGGAGAAAAAAGCCUUUAUUUACUGGAAGGAUUUUGGCAUGGUAUUGAACAAAUAUGAUGAUACUAACAACAUGCAUGGUUGGUUCCAGAAACUAUUGAAAUCAAGAGUGUCUUCAUCAGCACAACAUGAACAAGAGGCAAAGGUGACAAAAAAGUCAGCGUCUUCAGUCAAUAGUGUAUCAGCUUCACCUUCAUCUGCACCGUCAUUCUGUUCUUUCUCACCAUCAUCACCAGGGACAACCCCUUCUAAACCAGUACAGUCCCAGUCUGCUCUGAGCUCACUGCAGCGAUGGAGCCGAAAGUAUGACGUGUUUGUGUGCCACAGCUCUGUGGGCGGUGACAUUGAAGAGGCUGGACGCCUGGUCUCUUUCCUCGAGGCCUCACCCCGUAGCCUUAGGUGCUUUCUCCGACACAGGGACGACUGUCCAGGAGGUGCAAUUUCCACAGAGCUAUGCCAGGCUGUGCAGAGCAGCCACUUAUGGGCUUUGUUUAUCACACCAAAUUUUCUGCAGGAUGACUGGUGUAUAUAUAUGAUGCACCAGGCUCUGGCAGAGGGGCCUAUGUCCAGUCGGAUUAUUCCCAUGAUUCAGAACCUGCCCCGCUCUCAGUAUCCUCAGGAACUGAAGUUCUACUUCUACAUAGACCUGAGCCGUAACCCUGACCAAGGUUAUACUCUCCUUAACAGGACUGUGCUCAAGUACCUGGAAGACCUGGUUAAAAAUGAAAAGACACUUGAUUGCAGCAUGGACAGCUCUAGCAAUAGAUUAACUGAAGAAGACAGCUCAAAAAAGACAUGAUGUGAAAGUGUGACCCGGCUGCGACUUCAAUCCCACUGGAAGUGAUAAAGAAGAAAGAAGGAAGCUUGAAUGACGAUUGCUGAUCAUCAUCAAGAGCAAUUAAAGACUGUGAGGAAGUACUCUGAAUGGCAAACACUGGAUGCUGCUACUGACCAACCUCCACUUUGGUAAAUGCCGCCACACAGUUAAUGUUAAUAAUCUGGUUCCUGUCAGCCUUGCUGCCUCACCUCAUGGGUAAAGGCUCUGUCCACUGGCUGUUUUACCUCCACCCUUAAGCACACAGUAAUGCUUCUCAAGAAACAAAGCCUUAACCCUCUGAAUUUAAAAAAUGUUAGACCCUUUUCUAAAUGACCAGUUUUAUUGUAAGUUGAAGGUUGUUUACAUAGAAGAUGAUUUAUUCCUGCCCCCAAAAAUCUAUAAAAUCUAUACCUUUGAUACAUUUCUAUCAUGCUUCCAUUCAUGUCAUAUCACCGAAACUGCUGUAACAAUCUGACGCUGGUGAUUGUUCACUUUUAAUUUGUCUCAAUCUCAGCUCAUCCUGUGACACAUUUGAUUAUUUUAUUCUCUAGACAGGUUCAAUUCUUAUUUAUCAAACGUUUUAAUAGUGGGCGUUCAAGCUUACUCUUCUGUGGCCCAUCUGAUCUCGUCAAGGCUCCAUCCUUGGCCCCUGUUUCCACUGGGACAUGUUCCAUUAAAACCAAUGAAUGAGGCAAUUAUUGUCUUGUCUGUCAGAAAUAUGCUGAAUGACCCAAAACCAGUAUCCAACUGGUAACGUGAUAACUGAAGUCAUUCACAAAAUACAAAAGUCGUUAAAUCAUGUUUAACAUCAACUGAGGAGACUCAACUGUCUUUUCUUGUCCUGAUCUUGAAAAGGUCAUACAUUCUUUUUCAGCUCAGUUAGAUUAUUGCAAAAUAUAUUACAUAUUCAGGGUUAAGAUGCUCUGCUUUUAAUAUAUACAAUAAUAAUAAUAAUAAUAAUAAUAUACACUACUAGAAGAGAAGAUCAUAUAACUCUGUCAUUGUUUUAGCCUGUGGUUACCUGUAUGUUUCAGUAUCUGUGAAGAUUUACUGAUUACCUUUAAAGCACUCUAUGGUUUUGCUUCCACUUAUAUUGCUGAACUUGACUCCUCUAUAAGUCAGAGCACAGCCCCAGAUCCUCAGGCUGUCCUGGCUCAAGACUAAAGGAGAACAGGUUUUUACAGUCAGGUCCUCUCAGCUCUGGAACUCCUUGUCUGAAGAUCUGAGGCUGCAUCUUUUAAAUCAGCUUUUUGAAAAAGGGUUUUAUUAAUGCUUCCACGCUGUUUUAUUUCCAACAGGUCUUAUUUAUUUUAUAAUAACUAUUACCAAUUUUAUUUUAUAUUAUUGUUAGGUAUAUUAUUUUUGUAUAGACUGACUUUAUCUGCCUAAUUGGAGUCCUAAAUGUUUAUAUUUUAAUCCUGGUUUACAUAACUUUGUUUUGAAUAAAUAAAGUAUAUCAU